AACCAUUUCCCAGCCAGGAUAACCAUCUCCUCGACAGGCUCCCCGUUUUUCUCCGCAGGGAAGCUCCACGUUGCCACCAGGAACGUUUGCCCUUGAGAAGUGGCAGCAUCUCUGAAAUCAGCGGGUGCGUCGCCGUGGGGCUCCGCAGGAGGACCUAGACCCUGGGGAGGGGUUCUCCUGCUCAGCACAACCAAAGCACGUUUCUUUCCCCUCUGGGGCUGAGGGUCUCAUCUCUGCCCGACUUCAAGGCGAGGAGACGCGGCGGCGGGGGCACGGCAUGGCUCACAGCCAGCUGCCCAACGACUCCUGGCAGAACGGCUCGGGCCCUCUCUUCACCGGCCUGGACCUCCUCCUGGAGCUGAAGCCCCUCUUCAUCCCGCUCUACGCCACGCUGGUGGCGGUGGCGUGCACGGGGAACCUCUUCCUCAUCCUCCUCAUCGCUCUGACCAAGAAGCUGCACUGCACCACCAACUUCCUCAUCGGGAACCUGGCGGCGGCCGACUUGAUCAUGUGCCUGGCCUGCGUCCCCCUCACCGUCUCCUACGCCUUCGAGGUGCGGGGCUGGCUCUUCGGGAUGUUCAUGUGCUACUUCGUCACCUUGAUGCAGGCCGCCACCGUCUUCGUCUCGGUGCUGUCCCUCACCGCCAUCGCCAUCGACCGCUACGUGGUGGUGGCCUACCCCAUUCGCAGGAGGAUCAGCCGCAGGUCCUGCAUCUGCCUGGUGGCCUGCAUUUGGUUGCUCUCCAUCAUGGCCUCUGUUCCCACGUCGCUGCACACCCACUACUUGGAUCUCAACACCAUCGGCCACGACAUGAUCAUCUGUGAAGAGUUUUGGAAGCACGAAGAGAGGGCGCGGCUGCUCUACUCCUGCUUGAUGCUCCUCUUGUCCUACAUGCUCCCGCUUCUGGCGGUAUCGGUCUCCUUCUGUGCCAUCACCUACCACCUGCGGAGGAGGAACGUCCCGGGCGCUGCCUAUCCCUGCCAGGACAAGUGGACCAAAACGAAGCAGAAGACCUUCCGGGUGCUGACCGUCUCGGUGGUGUGCUUUGCUAUCUGCUGGCUGCCCCUCCAGGUGGUCAACUUCAUCAGAGACAUCGACGAGGAGUUCACUAUCCUGGACAAGAGGUAUGUCAACGUCAUCCAGGUCUCGUGCCACCUGAUUGCCAUGAGCUCUGCCUGCUACAACCCUUUCAUCUACGCCUCCCUCCAUGACAAGUUCUGGUUCCACCUCAGCAGCUACUUCUACCGCAAGAAGAAGAGCUCCAGCGUUAUGUCCUGCAAGGCUUCUCGCUUCAAUACCUGCUCUACCCUGGCAGAUGCUCCUACCGGGGUCUCAGAUAAGAUAGCUUUGCAAACCAGAUUCUCUUAACUGAAGGACCCCCAGAGAUCAACUUUGCUUUUGGACCUGGUGUGUGUUUUGCUCUAGACUGGACGUAGCUGGUCGCGGUGGUACCUCGCUGUUCCCAGAAGAGGUCUCUUGUCCCUGGCAAGGGCCAUGAACAAACCCAUGGCCUUUGUGUCCUUGGGGAGCAGCUCUUCUGCGCAUCUCGAGGAUGUUUUGUUCUUUGGGGAGAACAAACUGGUGGGACAACAGACACAGCAGCUGGGCAAAGGCAGAGAGAUUGGGCGCAGGACGUACCUGUUAGCUCCUGUCCAGAUGCUGGAGCAGAAGAUGUUUCCCCCUGUCCCAACACAACACAGGUCCCUGAAACAACAUUCACUUGGCUCGUUGAAAGAGAGCAACGGAUGAGUAUUGGGAUUAGUGAUUCGACAAUGAGCAAGCCCCAGUUUUCAGAAAUACCUCCACAUUGGCACAGCCAAAGUCUGCCUCCGUGUCUGAGCUCUGUGUGCCGAGGAGCAAUGCCUGAGCCAUGGCGCUGGGUCCCAGGGGGGUGAGCAGGAAAGCGAGGGCUGCUUGGGACCAGCAACCUCUCCAUUGGGCUUUUACAGCCCAUACCUCACGUCAUGGCUGGGUGUGGAGUCUACACCCUACAUCUCACAUCAUGGCUGGGCAUGGGGCAUAUACCCAUAUACUUUAAUCAUGGCUGGGUGUAGAGUAUGUACCCUGUAUCUCAACCCAUGGCUGCUAUGGGGUACAAAGCCUCUAUCUCAACUCAUGGCUGCUA